CAGAACUCUGUAUUUAAUUCAAAAUCCCAAAUCAAAACUUGUUGUCAAAGAAAAACCCCUUCCAUAGAAUCCCCUGAAGCGAUUCUACUUACAAAAAGCGAAAAACUUUAAGAAGCAAGACUCAAUGGCCACGGUGGGUAUCGAGAGGAAGCAACCGGCGUCAACGGAGGAGAUGUGCACCGCCAAGAGCGGCGCCAAGCAGGGGGAAGGCCUCCGGCAGUACUAUCUCCAACACAUCCAUGAGCUCCAGCUCAAUCUUCGCCAGAAAACCCACAAUCUCAACCGUCUGGAAGCCCAACGCAACGAGCUCAAUUCUCGAGUGAGAAUGCUUAGGGAGGAACUGCAGCUGCUUCAAGAGCCUGGAUCCUAUGUUGGUGAGGUUGUGAAAGUUAUGGGUAAAAACAAGGUUUUAGUCAAGGUUCAUCCAGAAGGAAAAUAUGUUGUUGAUAUCGAUAAGAAUAUUGAUAUCACAAAAAUCACACCUUCAACAAGAGUUGCUCUGCGCAAUGACAGCUAUGUGCUCCAUCUGAUCUUACCAAGCAAAGUAGAUCCCUUGGUUAAUCUUAUGAAAGUUGAAAAAGUUCCAGAUUCUACAUAUGACAUGAUUGGUGGUCUUGACCAACAAAUUAAAGAGAUAAAAGAGGUCAUAGAACUUCCUAUUAAACAUCCUGAAUUGUUUGAGAGUCUUGGAAUAGCUCAGCCAAAGGGUGUCCUGCUGUAUGGACCACCUGGUACAGGAAAAACUCUAUUGGCUAGAGCUGUCGCCCAUCAUACUGAUUGUACUUUUAUCAGGGUGUCUGGUUCUGAAUUAGUUCAGAAAUACAUUGGAGAAGGCUCCAGAAUGGUUAGAGAACUUUUUGUUAUGGCCAGGGAGCAUGCUCCGUCGAUUAUAUUCAUGGAUGAGAUAGACAGUAUUGGAUCUGCUCGAAUGGAAUCUGGAAGUGGCAAUGGUGACAGUGAGGUGCAGAGGACCAUGUUGGAGCUUCUCAACCAGCUUGAUGGAUUUGAAGCAUCUAACAAGAUCAAGGUUCUGAUGGCCACAAAUCGGAUUGAUAUUUUGGAUCAAGCUCUUCUUAGGCCAGGACGAAUUGACAGGAAGAUUGAAUUUCCAAAUCCUAAUGAGGAGUCUCGUCUGGAUAUCUUAAAAAUACAUUCUAGAAGAAUGAAUUUGAUGCGGGGGAUUGAUUUAAAGAAGAUUGCAGAGAAGAUGAAUGGUGCUUCUGGUGCAGAGCUUAAGGCGGUAUGCACAGAAGCUGGGAUGUUUGCUUUGAGAGAAAGGAGAGUCCAUGUAACGCAAGAAGAUUUUGAGAUGGCAGUGGCGAAGGUGAUGAAGAAGGAGACAGAGAAAAACAUGUCCUUGCGGAAGCUGUGGAAGUGAUUCUGUUUCUAUUAUUGUGCUUUGUGCGUUUUGGGCAAAAUGGAACAUGUAAACCGGAUUUAUACGGUGAAAAUGUAUUUAAUAUUUGCAAGUAGAGCACUUAAAUAUAUGAAGAACUUGGCUUGUCUUGCAGAGUUUAUGAAUGCAUGCCGCUACGACUUUACGAUGGGGCAACUGGCUCCAUUGAAAUCCUUGCAACUUUUUGGUAGCACCAUGAAACCACUACCGAAAGUCGUAAGUUUGAGUUUUGCUCUUAUUGAAAUUUAAUUAGAUACUCAUUUUAAA